CUCGGAAUACUGAAAUAUUCAAUGAGCUCCCGGCGGAGAUUCAGGCAGGCACCAGCGCGGGGGGACCGCUCGACGACACCGGGACGCGGGUCAUUCAUUUCCACGGCAGCGGACAUGCUUCCCGCAGCCACGAGCACGUCUCCUCAGGUCUGGACACACAGUUGUUUCACUUUCGCCCGCCGGCGCGUGAACUUUUCACGGCCAACGCACUAUGGAUCCGCUACGGACGGACACCGGCGCUCCGGUAAUGUCCUGUCAUGCAGCUGCAAGAGGUCUGUCAGGACUGGAGCUGACACAGUCAGCGAGCCCAGCCUACCCAACAUCACAAGAGCCUCAUCUCUACAAGAUCUUUACCUUUUUCUGCUCCUCUCUAUACAACCAAUAACUGGGCCGCAAGUCAGCAUUGGUCAGACUCAUAGGCGUCCCAUCAUACAAACGGUGUGCUAAACCUCAUACUAAAAAGGCGUGUGUGUGUGUGCUCGAACACCAGCUAGUCCUCGUAGCUGUCGUUUAGCACGCCUGGCUCAGAUUCUGAGUCCUGGGCCUCUCAGCCAUAACCUCCUUCACUUCAUCCCUGGCCAACAACAAGAGGGCAGAAGUCCAUCAGGUCCAAUCGAGGAUCCACAAUCAUCAUGUCCAGUCGUCGAAAGGCAUCCACGCCUUGUAUGAUCCGACCUGAGCAGACCAUGGUGGAGCUGGAUGAUGAGGCAGAAGAGUCACAAGACAUGGAGACGACAACAACUGGGAACCAUACUGAGGAGGGAUCUAUGGGGACACACCCCUCCUCAGAAGCAGAGCCAUCCAUGGACUUGGAUCAAUUAGACAGGGCCUCAAACCCUCCCACUGCUCCAGACAAAGCAAUGACAGAGCCGCCAGACCUUUCCAAGCCUGCCCGUAGGCAGCAGGGAGGCUACGAGUGCAAAUACUGUCCCUUCUCCACACAGAACCUCAACACUUUCAAAGAACACGUAGACGCCAACCACCCUAAUGUCAUUCUUAAUCCCCUAUACCUGUGUGCUGUCUGCAACUUCAACACAAAGAAGUUUGAUACCCUGACGGAACACAACGAGAGAUGUCACCCGGGGGAGACCAACUUCAAAUUUAAACGCAUCAAAAUGAACAACCAGACAAUCUUAGAACAGACAAUAGAGGGUUGUAGUAACAAUGCAGUUAUUUACAACGCUUCUAACGCCAUCUCUGGCAGGGGAGACGAACUAUGUAACCUGCCACUCGGCAAACCCACCACAGUCAAGAUUGCAAAACCAAAAAUGUUGUCAUCAGAAAAUAAACGGACAGAUUCUCAGUUGGUUAAACUGACGCCUGAUCUGACCAAGAAGCCAAUCACAGCUGUCAACGUAAAUGGGACAGUGAUCAUUCCUGAUUCCAGUCUGCUCAAAGCAGACGGCCUUUCUCACAUCAUGCCUUCUCUGCAGCGGCCUGUAAACUAUACCCAGGUGCCGAAGAUUGCAGUGCCCCUCAACACAACCAAAUACAACCCCUCCCUAGACGACAACUUGACACUCAUCUCUUCCUUUAACAAGUUCCCCUAUCCGACACAGGCUGAGCUGUCCUGGCUCACUGCAGCUUCAAAGCAUCCGGAGGAGCAAAUCAAAGUCUGGUUCACUACACAGAGGCUCAAACAGGGCAUUAGCUGGUCACCUGAGGAGGUGGAAGAAGCCAGAAAGAAAAUGUUUAAUGGUACAAUCACUUCUGUGCCUCAAACCUUUACUGUGGUUUCUCCUCAAAUCAAAUCCCAAUCAUCCACCAACCACUCUGCAGCCUCUAAGCCUUCACAAACAACCCCCUCCGUGCUCCAGCCCCUCCCUUGUCAGCUUUUGGGACAGACCAGCCUGGUUCUUACUCCUGUUGUGAAUGGCUCUACUGUCACCUGUGCACCACUGGCACUCACAGUUGCCAACCAGGUGGCGCAGUCUCUCAAGCGACCGCUCGCAUCUCCUGUAAUCACUACGGAAAGUAAAAGACCCUCCAUUAUCCAGACCAUCUCAGCACCGAUGGCCAAGGUGGCCUCACCUAAAGUACUGAGUUUCACAGUUGACCCUAAUAAAACAGCAGAGCAGCUGUCGGUCCUGAGGUCCAGCUACACACACUGUCCUUUCCCUGAGGAGGAUGAGAUUUACAGGCUGAUAGAGACCACAGGGCUGUCGAGAGGAGAGAUAAAGAAAUGGUUCAGUGAACAGAGGCUUCUUAAUCUUAAAGGGGUCCCUCCACCUCCAGUGCUGGUGAAAGCCGAGGUCUCACCAGCGCCUAAAGACGGACCUGUACGGAAAGCAGUUCCCAGCCAGUUUCCUCUGCUGGAAAGGGUGAAGGGGAAGUCAUCAGAGCAGCUGAAGGCGCUCGAGGAGAGUUUCCAGAGAAGCAGUUCUCCAACUGAGGCAGCACUAGACCAGCUGGCCCAGGAGACCAGGCUGUCUAAGACCGAGGUGGACUGCUGGUUUUCAGAGCGCAGGGCACUAAGGGACAACAUGGAGAAGGCUUUACUCACCAUAGCCUCAAAGAACACAGAGGACAAAGUAGACCGUCCCAAAGUCUUGCUGAAUGGAGGGUCCCAUCGAGAGCAGGACGGGAAACUAUCACACUCCUCUCUUCACCUCCCUGCCCUCUCCUCGUCCUCCCCCCCUGUUCUUGCUGCUUCGUCCCCUCACCCACCGACCCUGUCCUCAUCAGCAUCUCCUCCCAUCCUCACGUCGUCAUCAUCCUCUUCUCCCCAUCCUCCCAUACUGUCAGCUUCCACCAGCCCAGCUCCGAUCACAAGCCGCUCCCUCAGCCUGCUCAGAGAGAUGUUCUGUCGGACCCAGUGGCCAUCUCCUGAUGAGUAUAGCCAGCUGGAAACCCAAACAAGCCUGGGACGCACUGACAUUGUUCGCUGGUUCAAGGACCACCGCUCAGCACUGAAGAACGGUGAAUCUCUGGACUGGAUGGAAGGUGUCCAAAGCCAAGGCCGGGACCAGAACGGGUCUGAGAAAAAGCAGGGUGUUUCAUUAGAAGUCACUGCUGUGACAGCUGCUGCAGUGGAGGAGGCUGGUGAGAACACAGCAGCUACAGAGCAAUCCAAGCUGUCUGAUCAAGUCAAAGUCCAGCGGUUGAAUGACCGAUUAGCCCACAGUGUGGCAGAUCUUGGUAGAACCAGACCGGACCAGAACAGUUUUAACACUGCAGAUAAUGGGAGGUGGGUAAAGGUGAACGUUUCGGUUGGGGAUGAGCAUGAAGGUGCAGUGGAAAGACGGAGGCUUUCAACAGACUCUGAUGUUAUGACUUCAAAGGUCACUGGGUGACGCUGGACUAAGCCAUACGCUGCUGAGUCAUUGACCACCAGGCGACGACUUAAUGCGACCAACGGUGAAGGAACUGUCCACCUGCCCUCACAAAGCGCCAGGGACUCUGGAGUUUCACUGUUGAAGCACUGAUGCAAGGUGCAGAUGCUGACAUUAAGAGGAGUGCCAAAGCUGGACUUGAUGCAUUGUUCUUACUACUACUAACUACUACCACCCUUUUUUAAGAAGCACCCUUGUAAAUAUUUUUCUGUAUUACAAAAAAUGUUUGUACAGUUUUAUUGGGAGGGCAAGUUUUGUUACAUUUUUUUUUAAUAAGUCUGUUGGUGCGCCCAAACCUGGAAUGUUUUUGUUGUUGUCUAUGUUUAAAGAUCAAAGUGUAUGAUAGUUUGUUAUUCGCGGAGAACCUGUACUUUUUUUUUGGGGGGGGGGGAAUCGAACUUGCACACUGCUCUUAUGAGUCUUUGAUGGCACUUCAAUAUAUCUUCGCUGUAGUGAAAGAUAUUCUCAGACUAGUCCGCUUCAUCUCAAACAGUAACUUCUCCUUUUCUCCUUCAGCGUCACUGCAACUUGCCCACAUUGAAUUACGCUGAAGGUGCAAAUGACUCAAACGGUGCUUGAGGGGCAGUUAGGAGUGACUGCGCCCUGGGACAGUACUGCUAAGAGGCCACAGAAUGAACUGCUACAUGGGCAGACCAAGACUAAAAGCAUUAGGGUGAAUGAAUAAAUGCACUGUACUUCCUAACUUGUAGUAACUUUUCUAGUCAGCUGGUUAUGGCAUCAGCAUCUGAGGCUUAUUCAACAUACAAUACAGAAUGUUCUUUCUUUUCUGACACGCAAAUGAUUAAGUGAAGAGAGUGGAGUGUCUAUAUGAUCGCACCAUGCUGCCUUUUCAGCUCUCUUUAUCUCUGGACAUUUCCUCACUGGGUAGAGUACCGACUGGUGAUGGUGAUUUCAGCUUGUCACAUAAAACUUGAAAUAUUUUGACUGAUCCUGACAAGGACGUUUUGGUGCAAGAGUUUCAUGCAUGGAUAAAAUAUUCAGAGCUUCUUUAUUUAACCCAUUCUGGAUUUCCGUUGCUCAGCCAUGGUCUGUAAACACAGCUCUUUGUCUUCUCCCUGUUUUCUGGCUUUCGCUAGGCCCUUAUAUUCAAAGCAGAGUUUAGUUGAGUGGAUUUCUGUACAGUCAGUUCAAAAGUCAUAAGACAAAAGAAUCACAUGCUUUCGUGAAAACCAGCAAAAGCAUUCGCAGUCUUUGCCAGAUCUCAUGUACUGCUCGCAUGUGCUUCAGCUCCUUUUCAAAAACACUUCAAAGGGAUUUCUGGGUCGGAUGAAACUCCUUACAAUGUUUGUGAAAAAUGAAGAUCAAAAAAGAAGACAAGUGCAGCUGUCAUGUUUAAUUUGACCAUGAUCCUCAUUUGAACAGUAGGUGUAUGGCUGUUUAUUGGCUGAAUGUCAAAUGCCGCUGCUGCUCUAGUUUCACGUUCAGACAAGUAUCUGGGAUACUGUACAUUUGGUUGACUAGUACAAAAUACUGCUUGCAAUUUUAUUUUCUACUCUGCUGUAACUCAAUAAACACACAAACUGCCUGUAAACGUG